GCGCGGCGGACCGGGCGGCGGGCGCAUGGAGGGCGCGGCGGGCGAGCGGGCGCCGCUGCUGGGCGCGCGGCGGGGCGCGUUCGCGGGCCGGCGCGCGGCGUGCGCGGCCGUGCUGCUGACGGAGCUGCUGGAGCGCGCCGCCUUCUACGGCGUCACGGCCAACCUGGUGCUGUUCCUGAACGGCGCGCCGUUCGGCUGGGAGGGCGCGCAGGCCAGCCAGGCGCUGCUGCUCUUCGUGGGCCUCGCCUACCUGGUGUCGCCGUUCGGCGGCUGGCUGGCCGACGCGCGGCUCGGCCGCGCGCGCGCCAUCCUGCUCAGCCUGGCGCUCUACCUGCUCGGCAUGCUGGCCUUGCCGCUGCUGGCCGCGCCCGCCACGCGCGCCGCGCUCUGCGGGGCCCCGCGCCCCACGCGCGCCCGCAACUGCUCGGCGCCGCCCGGCCCCGACGCGCCCGCCCGCUACUGCGCGCCCGCCGCGCUCGGCGCGCUGGCGCUCGUCGGCCUGGGCGUGGGCGCGGUCAAGGCCAACGUCACGCCCUUCGGCGCCGACCAGGUUAAAGACCGAGGUCCAGAAGCCACAAGAAGGUUUUUUAAUUGGUUUUAUUGGAGCAUUAAUCUGGGAGCAAUCAUUUCUCUGGGAGGCAUCGCCUACAUUCAGCAGAAUGUGGGCUUUGUGACCGGCUACCUCAUCCCAGCGGUCUGCAUCGGCAUUGCUUUCCUGGUCUUCCUCUGCGGCCAGAGCGUCUUCAUCACCAAGCCUCCUGAUGGCAGUGCCUUCACCUAUAUGUUCAAGAUCCUGGCAUAUUCGUGCCGUCCCCAGAAGCGAAGCGGAGAACGCGGUCAGAGUGGUGAAGGCCUUGGAGUCCUUCAGCACUCUUCUAAACACAGUCUGUUUGAUUCAUGUAAGAGGUCUCGCGGAGGGCCGUUUGCGGAGGACACGGUGGAGGACGUGAAGGCCCUUGUGAAGAUCAUCCCCGUGUUCUUGGCUUUGAUACCCUACUGGACGGUGUAUUUCCAAAUGCAGACAACGUAUGUUCUGCAGAGUCUUCAUUUGAAGAUUCCGGCGAUUUCCAGAAUCACAGCCACUCCUCAUACGUUCCCGGCGGCCUGGCUGACCAUGUUCGACGCAGUUCUCAUCCUCCUGUUAAUUCCCUUAAAGGAUAAACUGGUUGAUCCCAUUCUGAGAAGAAAUGGCUUACUCCCGUCAUCCCUAAAAAGGAUCGCCGUUGGAAUGUUCUUUGUGAUGUGUUCUGCCUUCGCUGCAGGAAUUUUGGAGAGCAAAAGGCUGGACCUUGUUAAAGAGAAAACCAUCAAUCAGACCAUCGGAAAAGUCGUGUAUUACGCUGCUGACCUGCCGAUAUGGUGGCAGGUCCCACAGUACGUGCUGAUUGGCAUCAGUGAGAUAUUCGCCAGCAUCGCAGGUCUAGAAUUCGCCUAUUCGGCCGCCCCCAAGUCCAUGCAGAGCGCCAUAAUGGGCUUGUUCUUCUUCUUCUCUGGCGUCGGCUCGUUUGUGGGCUCUGGACUGUUGGAGCUGGUGUCUAUCAAAGCCAUCGGCUGGAUGAGCAACCACACAGACUUCGGCAAUAUUAACGGCUGCCAUCUGAACUAUUACUUCUUUCUUCUGGCCGCGAUUCAGGGAGCCACCCUCCUGCUUUUCCUGAUAGUUUCUGUGAGGUACGACCAGCAGCGGUCGCGAGCCAACGGGGCGCCUGCCAGCAGGAGGACCUGACGUCCCCGAGGCCACAGCCAGUGGACUGAAGGCGGCCGUGCGCUGAGCAGGAGAGGCUUCUCCCACUUCCUGAGCACGCGCGUGUCCCUGGAUUGUCUCCUCUUCUCCCAGAUGAGCUGGGUAAGUGCCUUUCCGUGGUUCCCCUCCCGGAGCAGACGCGGGCUCCUCGUCCGGACCGCCGUGAACCCCUCGGACGGAAGCCCGCGGCGGAGCUGCCGGGGCCUCGGGAGACCGUGCGUGUCAGUCGGCGUCCUGAUGUCUUGGACACGGGUUACCGUUUCCUCCCUGCAGACCAUAUGAGCUCACUUUUUUUUCCUUUUUGAUUAAUAAACAUUUCCUUAUCUUGAGGAAUGUGAGGGCUUUUUAAGAGCUAAAAGUCGAUGCCGCAAAGAUCUUGUGUACAGGUCACGUUGACAGUUUCUUUCAUAAGCCGCCAGUCCCACCAUUGUCCUUGUCGGUGCGGGCUGGUGGUGAACAUACUUCGUCUGCUGCUUCAGAAACAACUUCUCUUUUCAGCGAUUGACAUUGAAUUUUUUUCUUAAGAAAGAAUUCGCAUCAGGAAAUACUUAAGACCGUGUGUCCUAUCUCAAGCUACAAAACAGCGUACAGGGUAUUUGAAACCUCGCCUCGUCUGUCCUUCUGGGUCAUUUCCUUCUGGACACCACUGAGGUUGAAGACCAGUCAUGGAGGAACGUUAGGAACCGUGGCUUGGAACAGAAUCCGUGUCACUUGAGACCGUUGGCAGUGUUCCACGUUACCUGUGGACUCGAGCUGUGUGAUGUCACCGGCUUCUGGAUUGUUCUUUAUUGGACGCGGGGGCUCGAAUGUUGUUAAAUAAACUGUUGUCUGUCUGUUGC